GACCCUAUUUUUUUAUGUAACAAUCGGGUGGCUGUCGGUCCAUUAGCCACACUGUGAAGGACCGCGGCUGCUAAAGAAAUGAAUGUAGGCUACACGUCAACAGAAGAAAACCUACAUUACAUUUAUUUUCUUUUUUUGAAACUACAAUGUCGCUCCAACCGCAAGUGGAGGACGCCCCGGAGGAGAGAAGCGCCUUCUUCAUUGGCGCUGACUCGGACAACGUCUUGGAAGGGCAGGACCACCAUCAAUUUAUGCUACAAAAAGCCAAUGCUCUAGCAUCGAAAAACGACCUAAAAGAAGCCAUUGACUGGUUUUCAGGUGCUUUGCAGUAUGGCCCUGUUCAACCAGAACAAUUAAGCACCUUCGUGGACUGUAUCCUCCGUGACUUUAAGAGAAAAGCGGCUGGACCAGAGUCUCUUUUGGGCCGGGGUCGCGAGGCAGGGGAUAGCUGUGAGGACGACGAUGUCUUUGACUGUCCUAACUGUCAUAGCUUUUUAGGUGUGCCUGUGACCAUAGCCUGUGGCCAUUCGUACUGUAAAAGAUGUUUACAACGACGGCUGCUCUCCAAAUGUAGGCUAUGCAAUGAACCCGUUAGCGGUGAGGAGAGAACCAACGUAAUACUGUGCGGACUUUUAGAAAAAUGGUUCCCCGAAGAGCUGAAUAAGUCUAAAAAGAUAAGUGAAGUGGAUGAGCUGUGUAGAAGGCGAUGCUACCAAGAAGCAGUUUCGCUAGCAACCGAUGUUAUUCAAUGUGAUCCAGAGACGACAGCAUUGGCACGACUAUCUCGGGCGGAGGCCUAUAUGGCUCUGAAACAGUACCAUCGGGCUUUAAAGGACACAGAACUUAGUCCCUGGUUCAGUUGUUCUGCUGAAGCUUUGUUCAGGAAAGCUAUGGUGCUGCAUGAGAUGGGCCAAGUGGACGAGUCCCUCCAAGUCUUCCUCCACUGUCUUGCUGUGGACGAGAACUUCCCCUGUGCUAAAAGACAAGUGGAAAAGAUCCUGUGUGGCCUGCUCUACCCCACUGAGGAGAAUGUCAAGGUUGGCCUGAGGGAAACAACACUGAACACGUCACCUCACUUGCGCAGUAAAAGCCUCGUGGCCGAUGCCCAAGCUGGACCACACAGCCCAGUCCAAAGACAACACCAACACCAGGUCCGCACCGCCUCGGCCCACCACCAUCUGGACAACCAGGAGAAACGCUGGGAUAGCCUGGAGCGGCCUGGUCUGAGCCGAGCUCAUUCGCUGCGGAUGCAUGGCUCUAGUUGUGUUGAGGAAGGGCUCAAGAGAGUUUGCUCUGCUCCUCAACUGGGCGACGAGGACAAGGCCAGCCUGCUGAAGAGGAAGUUGUCUGUGUCAGACACAGAACACUGUGUUGUGGACAAUGGAGGUAGCAAGCUUAAAAAACAAGGUGUGGUGAAAAGCUCCAAACAAAAGGCUGCCAAAGUUAAAACCUGCAGAAGGGUUGCGGAGGAUCUUCUGGACGCCAAUGACUUGGAGUGCUCUCUCUGCAUGAGGUUGUUCUAUGAGCCUGUGACUACGCCAUGUGGACACACCUUCUGUAAAAACUGUUUGGAGCGCUGCUUGGACCAUACACCCCAGUGUCCCCUCUGUAAAGAGAGCCUGAAAGAGUAUCUAGCAUGUAGAAAGCACACGGUGACAACUGUCUUGGAAACGUUGAUCAAACAGUAUUUGAGUCAGGAAUAUGCAGAGAGGACUAAAUCUCACCUGGAGGAGACCCGAGAGCUUUCUAAUCCGACAAAGAAUGUGCCUAUCUUUGUGUGUACCAUGGCCUACCCCACCGUGCCUUGCCCCCUGCAUGUCUUCGAGCCACGUUACCGCCUCAUGAUUCGCCGCUGCAUGGACACAGGCACGCGGCAGUUUGGGAUGUGUAUUAAUGAUCCCCAGAAAGGGUUUGUAGAUUUUGGCUGCAUGCUGACAAUUAGGAGUGUCCAUUUUCUCCCUGACGGACGAUCAGUAGUGGACACCAUCGGAGGAAAACGCUUUCGGGUCCUAUCCCGAGGAAUGAAGGAUGGUUACAGUACCGCUGACAUUGAGCACCUGGGUGAUGCCAGGGUGGAGGACGGCGACGAGCUAGAGAAACUACAAGAGCUGCAUGACGCAGUGUAUGAGCAGGCCCGCGUCUGGUUCCAGAACCUCAAAAUCCACUUCCACAACCAAAUCCUGCAGCACUUUGGACCUAUGCCAGAACGUGAAGCUGACAUCCAGGCAACUCCUGAUGGUCCAGCGUGCUGCUGGUGGCUGCUGGCUGUUCUGCCUAUCGACCCACGCUACCAGCUGUCUGUCCUCGCCAUGACUAGCCUCAAAGAACGCCUGGUGAAGAUCCAGCACAUCCUCACAUAUCUACAGAGCAUCCCCAACAACUAGAGCUUCUUCUUCUCAUCGCCGCAAACAUCUUUUAAACUUUGAAAUAACAUUCAAGCAACCCUGUAACAACAUUUCGCCAAGUUUUGUUUCUACUGCCAUCUGAUCCUUCAACUUUUCUUUUUACAGCUGAAAGACACCUCGUUUUACAGUUCUUCACAUAAAGCCUACACUAGAUAAACAGCAAAGCUGAAACAUCCUUAAACUGUGGGCAAACCACCUCAGGGCUACUUUUGCUGACGCACAUUAUUUUUUCGUGACUUUGGGAAAUUAUUUUUAAAAAAUAAGACAAAUAUGACAAGCUAUUCAUCUGCUCGCAUUGUUAAUGCUGUUUAUUUUUAUAAGAACGUCCCUGAAUGACCGUGUUGAAAGGAGAAGAGCAGUUCCCACUCUUUGUUGACAUUUUGUUGAUGCAGACAAAGGCGGCAAUAGAGAGAAGCAUAUCCAACAAUCAAUUUUGAGUGUACCUUCUUUAAAGAUAGCACUUUGCUGAGAUGAAGAGAGUAUUAUAGUUUGUGUUGUAUCGUAUUGUGUUUUCUAUGUGGAUUUAUGUUAAUAUGAAGGGGGGGUGAUUUGUGGAACAAAAUGCUAAAUGCAGAAAGUCCAAAAAUUUUGAUAAGUAAGUAAGCAAGUAGGCCUGCACGAUUAAUCGUUAUAAAAUCGCAAUCUCAAUUCGCCCUGUUCACGAUUUAAUUUUCUCUUCUUUUUUUUUUAAUGACUUCAAUUCUCGUUUAAUUUUACGAGCCGACUGUAUCAAAUAGAUUCUAAAGUGCUCCCAAGCGCUGCAAUGCUCUCCAUUCUCUUCAUUGAAGCCUCUAUGUUUACAGGCUUGUGGUGAUGCUUAAUGUGCUAUAGGUGCCAAAUAACAUCUUUGAUUGGUACUGCCAAUUUUAUUUUUUGUUGUCAUGGUUCAUGUGAGCAAUAAACAUCACACUUUGUGAGAAAGAAUCGUGAUAUCAAUUCUAAGCUAAAAAAAAUCGUGACUCGUAUUUCCCCCCGAAUCGUGCAGGCCUAAUAGCAAGAUAUGGUUUAAAAUAACCAUUGACAAGAGAUUUGUGCAACUAAAGAUUGUCUCAUGUGUACUAUAACACUCAUGAAAGUAUUAAUCUUUAUCUUCCAAGCAUCCCGAUUUCUUCAUACUCACUACCCUCACAUGCCGACAAUGCACAACUUCCAUCGCUGUCUCCUAGUAGUGGCAAAGGAGCCUCCUUUUGUAAGAAUGAGAGAUGUGUUUUUUUCUGUUGUUUUUCACCUUGAGAUUCUUCCAAGUUGUCACGCAAUGACAUUUAGUCUCUUCUAACAUCAUGUCAGAAGAACACUUAUGGCCCUACAAUCUUGUCUUGAGUCUAUGCUUUUUAAACUCUUCUUUCUCUCACAGUUAACCUUAAGUCGUAUGCACUAUUA